AUGCUGUUUUCUAGGAAAAGUAUACUCGUCAAGGGGAAGAAACCGCUCUAUGCUGCCACCAAGGUGCUCAAUGUCUCUUCGGCUACUGCUUCGUCAGCCUUCGCAAAGUGCUGGGUCCAUAGCACAAACAAGACACGAACGCUGCUCAAGACGGUGAGAACCCAGAGCCAGGGUUUCCGGAGGGCGUACUCUACUAAGUUUGGAGGGACGGGGUCAGAGUCCGAGUCGACGCCAUUGUACCAAAAGCUUGUCGCUGCAUGGACAAAUACGCCGACGAAAUGGUAUCCGUUGCCAAUCGCUGUCGGUGCCCUUCUUUUGGUCGCCAUUCAAUACCGGAAAAAAUCAAGACGGGCGGGUGGGGAAGUUGAAGUGGAUGAACAUGGAGUUGAAGUCAUCAGAUUGAAAGGCCCAUGGCAUGUACAUGUCCUUGGUGCCCUGCCGCUCCGCAAUAUGUCACGCUUAUGGGGAUACGUGAACUCCCUCCAGCUCCCAGUCUGGUUCCGUCCGUAUGGUUUCCGUAUCUACGCCCUGGCCUUUGGCUGCAAUCUUGAUGAAAUUGAACCUGCCGACCUGGCGGCGUAUCCGUCUCUUGGUGAUUUCUUCUAUCGCAAGCUGAAGGACGGCGCACGGCCGGUUGAUGACGCGAUUCUUGUCAGCCCUGCUGACGGGAAGAUCCUGCAUUUCGGCACUAUCCAGGACCUCCGUAUAGAACAGGUCAAGGGUAUCACGUAUUCCCUGGACGCGCUACUGGGUGUUGAGCGCCCAGGAACGCCUCCCCCUUCUGUCGCCGUCGUCGCACACCAUAAUAUGCCUGUCGUAGAUGAUCACGAAUUCGCCAAUGUCAACGGCAUAGAAUACAGUCUUGACAAGCUUAUCGGAUCAUCCUCUACCUCUGGAUCAGCCACUCCAACUUCGGAGAACAACGAUCGUCCAAAGAAGUUCGGAGACCAGGUUGACGCAUCUGUCGUGGAGCCCAACCAGAACACUCUUGUUCAUGACGCUUCCGUCGCACUCGAGAUGGGUAUUAAACCUACCUUGGGGCGCAGACCUAGCAUGAUCGCUCGUCCUGGAAACUCGCUGUACUUCUCCGUGAUCUACCUAGCUCCAGGCGACUAUCAUCGAUUCCAUAGUCCCACAGCCUGGGUAGUCGAGAAACGACGGCAUUUUGUCGGAGAGCUGUUCUCUGUUUCGCCGUGGAUGGCCAAGAGACUGGAAAACCUGUUUGUUCUGAACGAGCGAGUGGCCUUGCUUGGCCGAUGGAAAUACGGGUUCUUUGGGAUGGUUCCGGUUGGUGCUACGAAUGUUGGUAGCAUCAAGGUGAACUUUGAUGCCGAGCUGAGAACGAAUCUGAGAGGUAGGAAGCCGCCUCCGGGGACGUACACAGAAGCCGUGUACUCUGCUGCGUCCAGUUUAUUGAAUGGGCAACCAUUAGUUGCGGCUCAGGAGAUGGGCGGGUUUUGUCUUGGGAGCACCAUCGUAUUGAUUUUUGAAGCUCCUGAUGACUUCGAAUUUGCGGUGGAAGCUGGCCAGAAGGUAAAGGUAGGCCAGAGACUUGGAGAUGUAGGUCAAAGUGAAAUCGGACUGAGGGGAUGUCUUCUCUAUUGUUUUUCUGUGUUUUGUAAGAGCGAUCGCGUUUUAUAUAAGUAA